UGCAGCUGUUAAUGAUUAUGCUCUUGUGUUCUCUUCCCUUCUUUCUUUAAUUUUCCCAGAGACUAAAGCUUUUACUUUAUAAGGGAGAAAAAAAAUUCUAAAUUUUCAAAGGGGGGCAGCACUAACUCGUAGGAAUACUUUCUCUGCCUUUCAAUAUUUCCAGUUGUCGUCUCUUUCUAGUUUUUCCUCCUUUUAAUAAUAAAAAAAAUUUCUUGAUUCGUAUUUAACAGCAACUCAUACUUGCUGUUUUGUUUAAUUUCUCUUUCAAUUAUUAGUCCCCCCAUUUUCAUUGAUUUUUUCAACAUACCCAGAAAGCAUCGCAACUUUGUGUAGGGGAGGGAGCAGAUUUGGUCUAUACAAUUCAACUUAAUUCUAUACACCACCAUUGAUGAGGACAAGAAGAAGAAAAAGAUCUUGAUGCACCAUUGAUAACACACAAUAAAGAAGAAGAAGAAGAUUGUUGUUCUUAAUUUUGACAACCUGCCUCAUCGAUGACACAAUUAAAUUAAAGGGAGAUGCAGCAAGAAGGUGGUGGAGCGCAGCCAUCUCAAUACGGGGAGAUCAGUGGUCCUCCACCGACUGGUCCAGUAAGCGAGGCGUCGGAGCAGUUAGUGGAAGCGGCAUCGCCUAUAAGCAGUAGACCGCCAGCUGGAAAUUUAGAUGAGUUCAUGAGGCUAGUAAGUGUUGGCAGUGGAGAUGAGUUGGGAUUAGGGGAUCGUGGCGGAAGAGGUGGUGGUGGUAGAGGUGCAAGUGGGAAUCGGUGGCCACGUCAAGAGACUCUCGCUCUUCUUAAGAUUAGAUCAGAUAUGGAUGCUACUUUCCGUGAUGCUGCCGUCAAGGGCCCUCUUUGGGAAGAUCUUUCCAGGAAGCUGGCGGAGCUGGGUUACAAGAGGAGUGCCAAAAAGUGUAGGGAAAAAUUCGAGAAUGUCCACAAGUACUACAAGCGAACAAAGGAAACUCGAGCUGGACGUCAAGAUGGUAAGAGUUAUAAGUUUUUUAGCCAGCUAGAGGCUCUUCAGACAACUUCCGCCACUGCUCCUCCCAGCGUCUCAAUACCCGUCACACCCGCCACCGUCGCUAAUGCCGCCAACUUUGAAAUCGCUCCCUUUUCAGUUGGGAUUCCCAUGACCAUAAUUCAACCUACAACGGCUAUACCAAUGUCUUCCUCUCUGUUAGCCAUUCCUGGAUCUGCUUCUGCGCCAGUUCCAAUGCAAGUGCAGGCUGCACUACCUCCUGUUGCCGCCGCCGCUACCACCACAGCCGCUCCAUUUGGAAUUAGCUUCUCUUUCAACAGUUCAAUUUUUUCUCAAGGCUUUGAUGACGAUGACGAUGACGAUGACGAAGAAGAAGAUGAAGUUGGAGAACCGUCGAGCAUGGCUGGCACUAGCCGUAAACGAAAAAGGUCGUCUUCACGAGGGGACGAUAGUACGACAAAGAGGAUGAUGGAGUUCUUCGAGGGUCUAAUGAAACAAGUCAUGCAGAAACAAGAAGCCAUGCAGCAAAGGUUUUUGGAGGCCGUAGAGAAGAGAGAGCAAGAUAGGACGAUAAGAGAAGAAGCUUGGAAAGGACAAGAGAUGGCAAGGUUAUCUCGCGAACAUGAACUCAUGGCUCAAGAACGUGCUAUUUCUGCUUCAAGGGAUGCUGCCAUUAUUUCCCUUUUGCAGAAGAUUACUGGUCAGACCAUACAGUUACCUACAACUGUUACCAUCCCCCCCGAUGCUCCACCUCCGCCUCCCACCGUUUCCGUAAUUCUACCAGACGUCCCUAUUCCUACGUCAGCUCCACCGUCGCAUCAGCCACCGUCAUUACUGCAGCAACAACAACAGCCACCUUCACUUGCAUUGCACAAUCAAUUCCACCAGCAGCAGCCGCAUCAACUUCGAAAUAUUGAAGUUGCGAGGCAUCAGCAACAGCCAAUUUCUUCUAAAGUAGUAAUGGCGAUCCCGGAAAAGAAAGUCCCGCCACAGGAGAUUGGUGGGAGAGGGAGCAUGGAGCCUGCCUCGUCUAGAUGGCCUAAAGCUGAAGUUCUUGAACUUAUAAACCAGAGGAGUAGGCUUGAAGCCAGGUACCAGGAGACUGAGCCAAAAGGCACCCUUUGGGAAGAAAUCUCCGCCGGUAUGUCCAGGCUGGGGUACAAGAGAAGCGCCAAACGAUGCAAGGAAAAAUGGGAGAACAUCAACAAGUACUUCAAAAAGGUGAAAGAAAGUAGCAAAAAACGACCCGAGGAUGCCAAAACAUGUCCCUACUUUCACCAGCUCGACGCCCUUUACCGUAAGAAAAUACUUGGAGGUGGGACUAGCAGUGUUAGCUUCAGUUACCACAAUAAAGCUGAAGAAGAAACAUCAGGGCAGCAUCAAGACCCCCCACCAAGCACGGCAGCCCUGCGACAAUCUGAAAACGAAACCGGACCUACUUCUGAUGUGGUGGCAAGCAACGAUGGAGGUGCAAAGAAGAAGACAUUGUGAGGGAGCUGAUGGAGGAGCCAAGGGAGGAUUUGCACCACCAUCACGGUCAUGGACAACCCUUGUUGGUGGAUGGGUAUGACAAGAUUGAAGAAGGUGAUAGCGAUACUA